AUGUCGGGCGGCAGGAGCAUCGACAAGGAGCGCAAGUCUCCUCGCGAAAGCGGAGAGGACUCGGAAGAUGAGAGUGAGAUCCUCGAGGAGAGCCCCUGCGGUCGGUGGCUUAAGCGCCGGGAAGAGGUGGAACAGCGGGAUGUCCCCGGCAUCGACUGCGCGCACCUGGCGAUGGACACGGAGGAAGGCGUCGAGGUGGUCUGGAACGAGGUGCAAUUCUCGGAGCGCCGCAACUUCAAGGCACAGGAGGACAAGAUCCAGAUGGUGUUCGACAACCUCACCAGGCUCGAACACCCCAACAUUGUCAAGUUCCACCGGUACUGGACUGACACGCACAACGAUAAACCUCGGGUGAUAUUCAUAACGGAGUACAUGUCGUGCGGGUCGCUCAAGCAGUUCCUGAAGCGCACCAAGCGCAACGUGAAGCGACUGCCGCUGCAGGCGUGGAAGCGGUGGUGCACGCAGAUAUUGUCCGCGCUCAGUUACCUGCACGGCUGCGUGCCGCCGAUAGUGCACGGCAACCUGACGUGCGACACGAUCUUCAUUCAGCACAACGGACUGGUCAAGAUCGGCUCCGUGGCCCCCGACGCCAUCCACCACCACGUCAAGACUUGCCGGGAGAACAUGAGAAAUAUGCACCUUAUCGCGCCUGAGUAUGGCUCUUCACAAAUGGUAACACCAGCGAUGGACAUCUACUCGUUCGGGAUGUGCGCGCUCGAGACGGCGGCGCUGGAGAUCCAGGGCAACGGAGACUCGGGCAGUCACGUGACUGACGAGCACAUCGCGCGGACGGUCGAGUCGCUCGAGGACCCACGACAAAAGGACUUUAUUUAUAGGUGCAUCAACAAGGACCCGGAGGCGCGGCCGUCGGCGCGCGAGCUGCUAUUCCACCCGUUGCUGUUCGAGGUGCACUCAUUAAAACUACUCGCUGCACACACGCUCGUCAAUACCACCGCGAACAUUUCCGAGACGAUAACGGACGAGGUCUGUGGCGGCAACGCGGGCGGCGCUCUGGCGUGGUGCGUGCGAGGGGGGGAGCGUAUUGAAGUGUCGGCGCGGGACCUGCCGCACGCUGAGAAGCUCGAGAAGUUCGUCGAGGACGUCAAGUGA